AUGUUUCCUGUUGUGGCUGCAUCGCAGGGGCUUGGUGUGAUGCGCCACGUUCCAGACAUGGCUGUAUUGCGGCAUCAAAGCAGUCAGUCAGAUACCCCUGCACGAAGACCGCUGCAUGAACAUGACAAUUUUUUCAGCGGUGCAUCAGCCAUGUAUCUCGAAACCCUAUACCAGAGCUGGAAGGCGGACAGGAGCUCUGUGGAUCCCUCGUGGGACGCCGUCUUUGGCGCAAGGGAGAUGCAGUCGUAUGACACACCGAUUCUGAGUUCGGCUAUUCGUGUUCUGCCCACGACGUCUGAAGACACUGUGACUGUGCAGCAGUCAUUAAAGGACUGUGGUUGGCUGACGUGGAUGAUUCAGGCCUUUGAAAGUCGGGGCCACCUUGUGGCUUCCACCGAUCCCUUGGGCAAGGACGAUGACAAACUUUCUAACAGGGCUCCAUUACGCAAUGUUAAGGAAAUGCUGCGCCUUGAUCUUGCUUUCUUUGGGUUUACACCAAAUGACUAUAAUCGUGUGGUGCGGGUCGGUUUCCAGGACGAGGUGGGUGGUGUGCUGAACACCCACAGUUGUCCGAUGACGAUCAAAGAGCUACAUGAAUACCUUACCAAGAGGUUUUGUGGCAAAGUCGGUUACGAGCUGUCGCAUAUUGUGGACAAGGAUGUCUCCCGCUUCCUACGAGAAGUGGUGGAGUCGGAUGGGGCGUACAAUCCCUUGCAUCGCACUCUCACUAAAGAGGAAAAGAUGUGGGCUUGGGACCUUGUCGCUUCUUCUGUUCACUUUGAAGACUUUUUUAAACGCAAGUACUCGACGCAAAAGAGAUUUGGUGCUGAUGGGGCGGAGUCUGUUGUCCUGGGUCUGCGCGCCCUAAUGGAGGCCGCCUCCAAAAAUGGUGUGGAGAGAGUACAUAUGGCCAUGGCACAUCGUGGUCGCCUUAAUGUCCUCUACCACGUGAUUGGCAAGCCGUUCCCUGUGAUACUGAAGGAGUUCACCGGAAUCACAGGACCGGAGUUGGAGCCGUACAAGAUUCAGUCGGACGUGAAGUAUCAUCUGGGGGCGCGAUCUACCAUGAAGAUGCGUAAUGGAAAGUCCAUGAUCACCGAGCUGCUUCCCAAUCCAUCACACCUUGAGGCGGUAAACCCUGUUCUACAGGGAUACACAAGGGCAGUGCAGGAAUCAAUGGGGGAAAAUGGACCUUCCGCUGUUUUACCAGUUGAGAUUCAUGGUGACGCUGCCUUCAGUGGUCAGGGUAUUGUCUUUGAAACAAUGUGUAUCAGCGAGGUUGACGGGUACUCCACACAUGGCACUGUGCACGUGGUGGUGAAUAAUCAAAUUGGAUUCACCACGGACCCAAUUUGUUCUCGCAGUAGCGCACACUGCACAGAUUUGGGACGUGUGUUUCAAUGCCCUAUCUUACACGUGAAUGGGGACUCGCCAGAAGAUGUCGUUCGCGUAUUUCAGUUUGCUGCCGAUUUUCGGGCCAAGUUCAAAAAGUCCAUCGUCAUCGAUCUCGUCUGUUACCGACGGUUUGGUCAUAAUGAGAAUGAUGACCCGACUAUUACUCAGCCUCUCAUGUAUAACCGUAUCAAUGCAGUGGGUGAUUUGUUCAAGAGAUACUCUGAAAAUUUGGUUGCGGAGGGGAUCAUCACUUCAAAGCAGCAGACAGCAAAGUCUAUCGCAGAAAAGGAACGGUAUGGCAAGUAUCAGGCCGAGGCAUCUCAAGUGCAUUACAGCAGCGUCCUCAAGUCCAGCAUCCCCGAGAAGUGGAAAGAUAUGACGUACUCUGAUCAGUUGGGUGAUGUCAAGCUGGAGCCAACAGCUGUUUCUCUCGAACAAUUGAAACCUGUAAUUGAUGCACUUAAGGUGGUGCCAGACGGCUUUGUUGUACACCCCAAGUUGAAGUCUGUUCUGGAUCGCCGUAAUGAAACAAUUGAAAAGGGUGAGGGGAUUGAUUGGGGAGCAGCAGAGGCGUUGGCGUUUGGCUCGCUUGUAUUAGAAGGUACACAAGUACGUCUGCUUGGGGAAGAUGUGGAGCGCGGGACCUUUUCCCAACGUCAUGCCGUCUUGCAUGAUCAGAAAGUCGUUGACACGUACGUACCACUUGCACACAUCAGUAAGGAUCAAGCCCCGUUUGUUGCCAUCAAUAGCCCUCUCAGUGAGUACGGUGUGCUUGGCUUCGCUAGUGGUUUCUCCCUCUAUGACCCCAACUCUUUGGUUGUGUGGGAGGCACAAUAUGGCGACUUUGCAAACGGUGCCACCAUUAUCUUUGAUCAAUUCGUUUCUUCUGGGGAGUCCAAGUGGAACCAGCAGCAGGCCAUUGUGGUGUCACUUCCACACGGCUAUGAUGGGAGGGGCGCGGAACACAGUAGCGGACGUAUUGAACGCUUCCUGCAGGCUGUUUCAGAGGAUGUUUCUACUCCUGCGUACUCCCCGGAGGAACGUGCUCACCGUGUGAACAUGGAGGUUGUGUUCCCCAGCACACCAGCACAGUACUUCCACCUUUUGCGGCGCCACGUGCGAAGAGACUUCCGUAAACCGCUUAUUCUCUUUUUCUCCAAACAAUUUAUUCGGGCACCGAACGAAUCCACAAUGGACGAGAUCACAUCUGGGAAGUUCCGCCCUGUCAUUGAGGACGCAUCUGUGCCGCCAGAGAAGGCGCGUCGCGUUGUGCUGUGCACUGGACAGCUGUACCACAUACUCAAGGCCCACCGUAAUAUAAAUAAGAACACAGAUGUGGCUAUUGUUCGCAUUGAGGAGCUCUCACCAUUUCCUGUGGCAGAGGUGCAGAAGUUACUCGGGGACUACAGCAAAGCUGAGCUGAUGUGGGCACAAGAGGAGCCAAGAAACCAGGGUGCGUACUAUCAUGUGGGGGCACGCAUUGACUUCUACACGGGCGGGAAACGCGAGUUGAUGUACGCUGGUAGAGAUAUUAGCGCGUCACCGUCAACCGGGUACAAGAGCAUGCACGAUGCCGAGGAGCGCCACAUUUGCGAGGUGGUCUUUUCGUAG